AUGGACUUUUAUGUUUACGACACAUCGAAGUUGAUUAUCAGAAACAAGACCAUUCCUCAACUUGAUAUUCAGAUGUACAACAAUUCAAUUUUAGAACUUGAAGAUGUUGAAACAAACAACUUGGAAUACGCUGAAUUUCUUGACAACUCCAAAUCUGUAUUGAUAAAUUUGCACUCGAAUAAAUCAACUGAUGAUUUUCGAACGGGAGAAAACGCGACAGUUACGUUUGAUGGAUGCAAACUUAAUUUCACCGAAUUUGAUGUGACAGGAAACACUGAAAUUAAUUUUGUUCAUUCAAAUGUCACAUUUUACAGUGGGGGAAAAACAAGACAAAACAGCAAACUAACAUUCAAAGAUUCUUAUUAUAACAUUUUGAACGACUUUUAUGUCAACGGUAAAUUAGAAUUCUCUGGUAACAUCACACAAUCAAAGAAAAAUUGGUUUGAUCUUGAAAGAGGAUCAAAUACAUUGAUUAAGUCAGACAUUGUGACAAAGAACGUUUUGUGUUUUUAUAUUGAAAGAUAUUCGAAAAUUGAAAUUGAAGAAAAUGCAGAGGUUUGGGUAUCAACGCUCAUUACUUGGGUUGGAAGUAAUGAAGUCAUCUUUCCUAAACAGGCAAAAAUUGAAGUGGAUAGACUCUAUAUAGGUUUUGACAUUGAAAGUCUGGACGAUAUCAAGCCUUUUAUUUCCAAAUUCCAUUAUUUAUAUGUUGGUGGUGAAAAUGAUAUUGUAGUGACAAACCAAAUUAUCGAACCGGAGUAUGACUUGGGAACAGACGAAGUGGCAACACUUGAAAUAGCCGGUGGGACGAAAUUGAAUGUGUCCAACGUUGAAAUGUAUUCUUUCUCAAAUGUUACAAUAAAGAGUGGAAGUCUUGUAAUAUGCAAAUACUAUUUUGACAUUUACGACAACACAACUUUUACAUUAGAAAAAGGUGGACAAUUGGAAGUUAAUAAUUUUGACUGUGAGCAUAAUGCUGAAAUAUAUGGAGAUCUUAUUAUAAACAAUUACUUUGAUGUUGAAGGAGAAAUCUUUGUUAGAGGAGCGUACUUAUAUGCUAAUAAAGCAGACUUUGAUUCGUCACAUUCGAAUUUGUAUGUCAACAACUCCAUUAUAGAAAUUGAUAGUGUUAGUUCGGAUUACCACGACUGUUUAUUAGACUUGGGAGAUAACACAUUAUUCUUCUACAACUAUUUUCGUUUUUCUAGUGCCAACUUCACUAUUAAAUUUGGUAAAAAUUCGAGUCUGAAUGGAAACUAUUUUGGCAAUAAAGCAAUACCCUCCUUACUCUCUUCUGGAAAUAAACAAGUUAUAGGAGAAACAAAGAUUAUAUUUGAUCUCACGGAUACGGACAGUGACACUCCACUGAUCUUAGCUAAUCAAACUACAUUGUUCAGUUUAUACCAAACCACAUUUGAAUUUAUUGGAAAUAUAGAAUCCUGUGUUGAUGUAUUUUCUUUGGGAUAUACAAUGCGCGAAGAAUCAGUAAAAGGAUCGUUUUUCAAAAUGUAUUCAAACGAGACUCACAAAUUAUUAACAUUGUCAAACAACGGACUUUUAAGAUACUGUCCAAUAGACGACAUUAACAACACCGUGAUUUGUAAAAUGUUACAAGAUCGCUAUUAUUAUUCAAACGAUGAUGGAAAGUAUUACGACUACAGACACUGCCCAUGUAACGACGAUGAAAACACAAAUUGCUUCUUUGUUCCACACUCAAAUGUUUUGAAAACGCCACAAAGUGUUUCACAUAGAGUCAACUUGACAUUUACAGAACCCAUUGAAACGAUCCAAGUUGGAAGAGGGUUUUCUACCCAAAUAAUGAAUGGGUGGUUUGACACAUUCAACUUCUUUAACGACUUUGUCUUCACAAGAAAGUUUGAUUUUGACCCAAAUAGUGUGUUACAACCAAUGAGUCUGGAAGAGAACACAGCGCCAUUUAUGACUGUUGGAAUAUCAGAUGAUGAAUUAUCUUACAUGACUGCAAAAAUCGAAGAGAACGAGGGUCUUGUUAUGAAACAAUUUGAAACUGAAGCAGAAUUUGAUUUCACAACGAAUGUCCCAUAUGUUCUUAUGGUAACACAAGACCAAAUCAAGUUUGAAGGAAAUGACGGAUAUGUCACAUUUUAUUUUAACAAUGUUACGAUGUAUUUUGAGGCUACAAACAAAACAAAGGUGAUUACAAAAGACAUGAUGACAGAUGGAAAGUUCUUUUGUUCCGAAACACUGUUCACGGGAAGCGAAUUUAAGUGUGAAGGUGUUUUCUAUUUGACUUGUGACGCUGGUGAGUUUGCAGACUUCUUAUCACAGAAAUGCCAAAUGCAACCAGAUGGUUCAAAGAAGUGUUUUUCACUCCAAGAGUGUGUUGCGUGUAAUGAUGGGUACAUAAGAGACAACGAUCAAUGUGUGAAGAAAGGUGAUGGUUGUGUGUUUUCUAGUAGUGAUGAGUGUCGAGUAUGUGACCUUGGUUAUAACCUCAAAGAGGGAAAAUGUUUGAAAUGUCCGGACGAUUGUGGGGUGUGUGAGAGUGAUAUGGCCACGUGCGACAUGUGUUAUAAUUCAGCUCGAAACCAAGAGGACAAUAGUUGUUACCAAAUAAAUGGGUCUGAAUAUUACAAAGAUGGUGUUUUGGUUCAAUGUGAUAAUUCUCAUUACUUAGAAUCAGGAACAAAAUGUGACUUGUGUGAAACACAAUUGUCCAACUGCGCUUAUUGUGAUCACAACAGUUUGUGCACCAAAUGUAAAAAUGGGUUUGUGUUCAAUGCCAAAAACGAGUGUGUUGAAAGUCAUUGUAAAGAUGUCAACUGUGAAGUCUGUGAAGACGGUUAUGCGUUCAUGGAUAACGGGACUUGUGCACUGUACUCUAAGAAGUGUAAAAUAGUUAGGAAUGGUAUUUGUAUUGACUGUGAGAACGGCAACACUCUUGUUGAUGGAGAGUGCGUCGAGACUUCAAUUCCUCAAUGCAAAGAGUAUACCACAUCAAACGGGUGCUUAAUUUGUGAAGAUGGGUACUUUAACAAUAAUGGCAUUUGCGAUAAAUGCGAUGACAAUUGCAAGACAUGCAUGACAACUUCAACAAACUGUUUGACAUGUGAAGAGGGCACUUUUGUAUCAGAGGGAAGAUGUUCCACAAACGAAGCGCUUGUUGGUAUUUGUUUACAGUACGCAGCGACCGGAGGAUGUGUGAGAUGUAAGGAGGGAUAUUACAGAGACAAAUUUUCAUGUACCCAAUGCGAUUCAGAAUGUGAGACAUGUUUAACGUCGGGAAGUUGUACUCUCUGUAACGUGUAUAACUUCAUGACAUUUGAAAACACGUGCAAAAACAAGAGUUUAGUAGAGGGAUGUCAAGGAGAUGUGUCGAGUGUGAGUGGGUGUCUGCAAUGUUCUAUUGGAUUUUAUUUAUAUCACAAAGAGUGUUAUAAGUGCGACGAGUCAUGUUUAACAUGUGACAGUUCGUCUGAAUGCCUUACUUGUAAUUCAUCUGUUGUAUACACAGAUGGCAAGUGUCUUCAAAUGUCGCAAAUAGAAAAGUGUGUUUCUGUAGGAAAUUCAAAGUGCGACAAAUGUGCGUUUUGGAGUGCUCCGAAUGAUGAUGGAACUGAAUGUGUUUCUGAGGCGGUAUGGUGGGUCAUUUUGUUGUGUGUUUUCUUCGUGGUUAUAUUGCUCGUUCUUUUGGUAGUUCUGACGACUGUUAUUAUCAACAAACUCGUGAAGAAACAAGCUCAGAAGAAACAAGAAAAGAACAUCUGUGUAUUCAAGAUGAAACGAAGCAACAUUUCGUUCCCAUAUGAAGUUAACAAAAAGUUGGUUUCAAAUAAAUCGAAACUGACAUUUAAAGACGAAGCUGAGCAAAUUCCAGUGGGAGAAGAGAGUCGAGAAUUGAUCUGUUUUGGGAACACGAGUGACUCUUUAAUGAAAGUGCAGAUUACAGUGAAAGAGGGCUGCACAAAGUACCAAAUUCGUAGUAGUCCAAAUAUCAUCAAUCUUAAAAAAGGUGAAGCGUGCGAAUUUGAGAUAUAUAUUCUUCCUAUGUGCACGUCAAAUACUGAAGAUACUAUUAACAUCAUUUCGCUCUAUAUGAAAGAUGGGAAGCCCGUCACAACGCCAUUCAAAAUAACAGUUGAAACAGUGAUAUCAACUAGACUUGAUUAUGAAGAUUUGGAAGAAGAACAAAAGAUAGGAGAAGGAUCAUUUGGAAUAGUGUAUAGAGGAACAUACAGAGGAAACAUUGUUGCGAUCAAGAAAAUGAAACACCACAAUGGAACAGAAGAAACAGAGUUGACUGAAUUUGAAAAGGAAAUUCAAAUGCUCGACAAAUUUAGAAGUGACUUCAUCGUCCACUUCUAUGGAGCUGUAUUCAUCCCAAGCAAAAUCUGCAUGGUCACUGAAUUUGCAAAGUUUGGAUCCCUUCAUGAUUUGAUAAGAAACAAACCGUUGGAACCGUUUGCAAUGAAGCUUCGUAUUAAGAUAAUGACAGACUUGGCAAGGGGUGUCGAAUAUUUACACUCAAAUGGGAUAUUACAUAGAGACAUUAAACCAGACAAUAUUUUGGUCGUUUCAAUUGAAGAUGAUGUGUUGGCGAAUGGAAAAUUGACCGACUUUGGAUCAAGCAGAAACAUUAACAUGAUGAUGACGAAUAUGACAUUCACAAAAGGCAUUGGGUCACCGUCUUAUAUGUCACCAGAAGUGUUACACCAAGAAAAAUAUAAGAAGGCGGCGGAUGUGUUCUCGUUUGCAGUUACUAUGUACGAGUGCUUGAAAUGGGGCGAAGCAUACGGAACUAAUGAUUUCAAAUUUCCUUGGAAAAUUGCCGAAUUUGUCAAUGAUGGGCAUAGACUCCCAAAGACGGCUGAAAUGUCUGAGGAUGUCUAUGAUGUUGUUGAACGGUGUUGGGCACAGGACGCAGUACAACGACCUUCUAUUUCUGAAGUUGUGAAAAUGCUUACAACAGCAAAAUUUUAA